AUGUCGAGCGGCGGCGGCUUCCUCGGCCGUUCCAGCUCCAGCAAUGCCAAUAUGCGCGGUUUGGUUCAGUUUAUUGCUGAUUUAAGAAAUGCUCGCGCAAGAGAGCUUGAAGAGAAGCGCAUUAAUAAGGAGCUUGCCAACAUUCGACACAAGUUCAAAGACGGCAACCUGAGCGGCUAUCACAAGAAGAAAUACGUCUGCAAGCUGCUUUAUAUCUAUAUCCUGGGCUGGGAUGUUGACUUCGGACACCUUGAAGCUGUUAAUUUGAUCUCUGCUACCAAAUAUUCUGAGAAACAAAUUGGCUAUCUCGCAGUUACGCUCUUUCUUCAUGAGAAGCACGAACUGUUGCACUUGGUUGUAAACAGCAUUAGAAAGGAUCUGUUGGACAACAACGAGCUCUUUAAUUGCUUGGCUCUUCAUGCAAUUGCAAAUGUCGGCGGACGUGAAAUGGGUGAAGCGCUCAGCCCUGAUGUCCACCGCCUUCUUAUUGGACCAACGUCCAAAUCUUUUGUUAAGAAGAAGGCUGCAUUAACACUACUGCGUCUCUACCGAAAGCAUCCUGAUAUCGUAUCACCACAGUGGGCAGACCGCAUCAUCCAUCUGAUGGAUGAAAACGAUGUAGGCGUUGCGCUGUCUGUUACUUCCUUGGUUAUGACGAUAGCCCAAGACAACCUCGAUUUAUACAAGGGAGCAUAUGCGAAGGCUGCCGCAAGACUGAAGCGCAUCGUGAUUGAUGCAGAAUACACGGCCGAUUAUCUGUAUUACAAGGUGCCUUGCCCCUGGCUGCAAAUCAAGCUUUUACGUUUGUUGCAAUACUUUGCGCCGUCUGGUAAAUGA